AUGGAAAACACUCCCCUGCUUGGUCGAGAGCGUGAAUAUAAUGAGGUCCAUCGCUUUAUUGAAGAACGUCUCUCAUUAACACAUUGUAAAUCUCUCUUUGUCUUUGGGGCCUGCGGCUGUGGGAAAACAUCCACCAUUCAUCGGGCAAUGCGAAGAGUUACUCAUCGCCCAAUGGCAUUUGAUAAAGCCGCGGCCGAUGCGGCUAAUAAAGAAAAACGUUCCGUGAAAGGAGGAAAUGAAGAGAACUCACCAGCCGCUAAGCGACAAGCUGUAAAGCGACAACGUGAAGAAAAUAAUAAUAAUAAUAAUAAUAAUAAUAAUAAUAAUAAGAGCAGUAUGGAAGAAGAAGAAGAAGGUGGAGCGGCUAAUGGGAGAGUAUCCCUUUCUUUAGAAGAUGCCUUUCAGGAAAGUGCGAUGGAGUCCACAGCACUCAUACAAGGAUUGGGAAAACAACGGCGAGUGCAGUGUCAUUAUGUGAAUUGUGCCGAUAUGUCCUCUCAGCAGUUGUGUGAUGCGCUCGCCAGUAGUUUCCGCACAGCCCAGCCACGUAUGGAUAUACAUACACGAGAGUUAAUGCAGCGGAUAGAAACACUCCCUAAAGAAAUGACAGCAUCUAAACGUCGGCAGAAAAAUACAAAAGAGGAAGAAGAAGAGGAAGAAGAUAGAGAUAAUAUGUCUAUACUCUCUGUUGUGGGAAAGAGAAAAGGAACAACUUCUUCAACAACGCCAUUACAUAUAUUCGCAUUGGAUGAAGUGGAAUAUGUGCGAGCGGCUGCUCGUGGAGUAUUAACUGCCUUGUCUGCCCUCUCAGUGGAGUUAUCCUCUCAAUUAGCUCUUAUCUUUAUAUCUAAUCAACGCGAGUUAGUUCAUGUUCCUCACAUGUUAUUAAAAGAACUUCCCUUUGAGGCUUACAGUGUGGAAACAUUAGAACGUAUUGGAGCCCGUAUUGUCGCAAGUGCAGACUUUACAAAUGCGGAACGACAAGAUGUCCAACUCAGUCCUGGUCUAAUUGCAUAUAUUGCCAAGAAAGCCAUAUUGGAAUACUCUGGAGAUGUACGGCAGGUUGCUGCGAUGUGUAGACGAUUAGUUUAUACGGCUCAACAGGAACUGCAGAGUCCAUCACCCACACAACGGGCCGCUGUGCAGAUGGAAGAAACCCCACGACGGUACAGUACGGCGAGUAGUGUGAGUAGUAGUACACAUGCGGGAGCUGUGAAUAGUGCCAUCUCUCCACCAGCCGCACUCUCUCAUACACAUAUGAAUAUUAAUAAUAAUAAUAAGAAUAAUAGUAAGAAUGUUAAUAAUAAGAAUACUACUCCUACUACGACGACGGUGGUAACAUUAGCACAGAGUCAGAAAGUAUUACGUGGACCUGCUGCUGUCUCGGAUCAUGUAUUUACAUAUGUUUCUAAUAUGCCAGAGCAGAUGCUGUAUGUACUCAGUUGUCUGGUGGUGUUGGCACAGCGACAGCAGCGGGAUAAACAAUUGGCACAGUCCACCGUAACUGGAGUCCCACCACCCACACGUCGAUCUACACAUAAUAAUAAUAAUAAUAAUAAUAAUAAUAAUAAUAAUAAUAAUAAUAAUAUGAAUAUACAUAAUUCAUUAAUGGAGCCUGGGACCUUUACGAUGCGGGCUGUUCAUCGACUGUACACCGCACUUAUGGCUCGUCGUCGUUUCCCUGCGAUGACUCCCGCUGGUAUUGCCGCUGCCAUUGAUGGAUUCGCAGAUGUUGGAGUUCUCACACGUCCGCAGAAACGCGGUGGCGAUGAUGUCUUUGCAUUCACCACUGCGUGGCCAACAGAGACCCUCACACGGGCACUCACUACACGCAGCGAUGGGGCAGAGAAUCGUCUUGCAGAGGCUCUUCAAGAAUUGGCAGUUAUUGUGGGAGUUUAG